GCGGGCAAGCAGCACUUAGAGGGGGAAAUCCGUGCAGAAAGCGGAGCAGAGCUUCACACACACACACACACACACACACACACACACACUGACAACUGGAAACUCUACACACACACACACUCAUACAAAGAGACCUGGAAUGUUUUUUCACCAUCACACACACGCACACAUACGUGGAGAAGAUCGGGAGAUGGAUAUUAUUUAAAAGGAUACUGUUUCAGCAUCGCAUUCUUUCUUCUAUUCCUCUUACCUGAGUGAGAAGAGUUUCUGGUGCACAGUGAUUUUUUUUGGGGGGGAUAAUCAGCCUCAGUUCAAACCAGGAGCAGAUGAGUGUUUGGUAAGACGCAGCUAAAAUGAAGAAAGUGCUGACAGGAGUGGGAAGCACAACAAUGGACCAAAUCCAUCAACACAGGACAUGGGAUAGCAGGCUGCUCGUGCUUCUUUGUGUGGCUCUUGAACUCUUCACGGCUCACUCGUCUAUUGUGCCGGGUACUCUGGAGCUCCAGCUAGAUGAAGAGCAACCAGCAGGUACUGUAGUUGGCGAUAUCAGUGCUGGCCUGCCACCAGGCGUCACGGCGUCUCUUUAUUUCAUAUCGGAUCACGAGGGAACAGGUGUCGGGACCGACCUGGACAUUGACGAGAGCACAGGCAUCAUAACGACAGCAAAGGUUUUGGACCGGGAAGUACGAGACCACUACAACUUCAUAGCUGUUACCAUGACGGGCGUGACAGUGGAGGUGACCAUUUUAGUCAAUGACAUCAAUGACCAUGCGCCAGUGUUUUCCAAAAAACGGGCCUCAUUCAAAAUUCCGGAACAGACCGCUAUAGGUACUAAAUUCCCCCUUGAACCUGCUUUGGAUGGAGACAAGGACCAGCUUACAACUCAAGGUUACAUUAUAACAGAUGGAAAUGUGGGGCAGGCGUUUCUUCUUGAAACCAGAAGAGGUUCCAAUCAAGUGCUUUAUCUGGAUUUGGUAGUCAAUGCCAUUUUAGAUAGAGAGACAAGAUCAUCCUAUACGCUCCUCUUAGAGGCAUUUGAUGGUGGAUCUCCUAAGAAGACUGGCCAGAUGAUCCUUGACGUAACUGUACAGGACAUCAAUGACAAUGCCCCAGUGUUUAACCAAAGUAGAUAUCAUGCCAUGAUCUCUGAAAAUCUGCAGCCAGGCAACAACAUACUGCAAGUAUUCGCUUCGGAUGCAGACGAGAGUGACAACGGCUUAGUGCUUUAUGAAAUCAAUAGGAGACAGAGUGACCCUGAUCGCUAUUUUGUCAUUAACUCUCAGACUGGUGUGAUAACUUUGAAUAAACCCUUGGACUAUGAGAUGAGGAAGGUCCAUGAGCUUGUCGUUCAGGCAAGGGACAAUGCGACACAACCUGAGGUCACUAAUGCUUUCGUUACCAUACAUGUGCGGGACUAUAAUGAUAACCAGCCCACCAUGACCAUCAUCUUCCUUAGUGAAGAUGGCUCACCACGCAUAUCUGAAGGUGCUCAGCCUGGCCAGUAUGUAGCACGGAUCUCUGUCACAGACCCCGAUUAUGGGGAGUACUCCAAUGUAAAUGUGUCUCUCGAGGGCGGAGAUGGAAAAUUUGCUUUAACCACUAAGGACAACAUCAUUUACCUCAUAUGUGUUGAUGAGAUCCUGGAUCGUGAAGAACGGGAUCGCUAUGAACUGAGGGUCAUGGCAACAGACUCUGGAACCCCUCCAUUACGAGCUGAGUCUUCAUUUACCAUCCAGGUUACCGACGUCAACGACAACCCACCUUUAUUUGACCAACAAGAAUACACCCAGGUAAUCCCAGAGGUAAUCUUUCCAGGGAGCUUUGUGCUACAGGUCACAGCACGAGACAAAGACCAGGGCCCUAAUGGAGAUGUCCACUAUAGUAUUCUGCAGAAUCUUGAAACUCAUUCGGACUGGUUCAGCAUUGACACUGUCACUGGCAUCAUCACAACGCUCACUCAGCUGGAUUAUGAAACGGACCCUACUCCUAGUUUGAUCGUCGUGGCAAUGGACAGGGGUAGACCUCCUCUUUCCUCCACUGCUGUAGUCAAAGUCAUCCUUCAGGAUAUUAAUGACAAUGAACCUGUUUUUGGAAGCAAGUUCUACAACGCAUCCAUUAAGGAGAACACUGCUGCUGGGACAUGCUUCUUGGAGGUAAAAGCGAGGGAUGCUGACGGUGGUUUGUUUGGCUCUGUGUCCUAUUCCUUUGGCUCUGGAUCUGGCAAUUUGGCCCCUCAUCUCUUCACUAUCAACAAAGCAAGUGGACAAAUCUGCACCACUGCAAGUCUGGACCGUGACCAGGGCCCUGCCAGCUACGACUUUGUGGUCACUGCCGUGGACGGGGGUGGCCUGAGCUCUGUUGCCUACAUCCACGUCGACCUAGUGGAUGUUAAUGACAACUCGCCAACCUUCUACCCCCUGCAUUAUGCUGUGAGUCUGAGUACUCAGAGCAGUCCAGGCACUUCUGUCAUCCGGGUGUCAGCACACGACCCCGACGCAGGGGAGAAUGGCAGGGUGACGUACCGUACGGCGCCCGGUGGCAGUUCACCUUUCUUCACCCUGAAUAAAGACACUGGAGUGAUCUCACUGUCACGCUCUCUGCAUGGGAAGGCAAACACAGUCAUCGCCAUGGUGGUCUCAGCCCAAGACGGGGGUGGUCUCACAGCUCCUGUAAAUGCCAAAGUUAACAUCAGCAUCGUGGCUGGUCUGGUGGCACCUCCUGUGUUUGAACAGGCUCAGUAUUACUUCGCUGUGUCCGAAGAUGCCCUCCGUGGGACCCAAGUGGGCACUGUGCGAGCCAGCACCAAGAAUGGGGUCUCAAAAGACGUUUCCUAUACCAUCUGCUCUGGUGAUCCUACUGGUUAUUUCACAGUGGAUCCUGAGACAGGAGUUUUGAGAACAAGUUUACCACUAGACCAUGAGCUCCAACCCAUUGUAGAGCUGGAAGUUCAGGCCCAAAGUGGGAACCCACCAGCUUUUGGUCAAACCCGGGUCCAUGUCACAGUGCUAGAUGUCAACGACAAUCCUCCAACCUUCAUCCCAUCCUCUUCCGAGUCUUUGAUUCUUCUUGAUGAUACAAGAAUGGGCACUGUGUUAUACAAGAUACAAGCUGAAGACCUUGACUCUGGUGCUAAUGGUGCUUUGACCUUUGACUUGCUUUCCAGUGGUGCUCAGAGAACCUUUAAUGUGGACCGAAGCAGUGGAGAAAUUCGUCUGAUUGGAAGUCUAUCAUAUGAGACAGUGGCACGCUAUGAUUUGCAGAUUCUUGCAAAGGAUAUGGGAGCACCUCAGCUUAGUGCCACCUUUACCCUGGUGGUGCAUGUACAGGCUGAGAACAGCCAAGGGCCGGUGUUUGACACUCUUAGCUACCGAGUGGAGCUAAAGGAGGGUACGCCUCUCAACACCCGUUUUCUGCAGGUGCGUGCACUCAAUAGAGAUAGCGCUAUCGCUUCCGGAUCCGGCCCCACUGUCCCCCUGGCUUACCACCUGCAACCAGAUGGAGACGCAGCAGGUUUUGGCAUUGUCUCAGACAGUGGCUGGCUGUUUGUCAAGAGUGCCCUGGACCGUGAGGUUAAAGAGGUGUACCUCCUCACAGUACUUGCAACAUCAGGUCAUGGGCAGCUAAAAAAGACCGGUAGUGCCACGGUACGUGUUUCAGUGACCGAUGAAAAUGACAACUCGCCUCGCUUUGCCCAGGAGAGAGCUUUUCUGGCUGUUAGAGAGAACCUGCCUGCUGGGUCAGGCUUUGGCCGAGUUCCAGCUACGGAUCGAGACGCCGGGCUCAACAGCCGCCUCAUAUAUCGACUUCUGCACCCAGAUCGCCAUUUUCAGAUCAACUCGAACACAGGUGAGAUCAGCACUCGGUUUGCGCUGGAUCGAGAGCACCAGUCCAGCUACCAAUUGGUAGUGGUCGUACAAGAUAGUGGAACUCCACCUCGCAGUGCCACUGGGACAGCCUUCAUCACAGUACUGGAUGAAAACGACAACAAUCCCUACUUCACCCGCAGAGAUCUUCUUAUGCAGGUUAUGGAAGGACAGCCAUCAGGGGUUUUACUGGGCACCGUCACUGCCAAAGACCCAGAUGAAGGAGAAAAUGGGACCGUUUUCUACUCACUGUCAGGUCUCAGGACCGAACGCUUCUCUCUGCACCCCAUCACCGGAGAACUGCACUCGUCCUCCUCUCUUAGCCAUGCUGAGAGGCCUGAGUAUACCUUCAGCGUCAUGGCAACAGAUCGUGGCUCACCUCCACGCAGCUCCUCAGCCACUCUGAGAAUACAGGUUAUCAGCUCUAAUAAGGAAACCACCUCCAACCUGGUCUCCAUCUCGUUGAACCCAGUGGAGGGAGCAAAGCCAGGCUCAAUCAUAGGUUCUGUGCGAACUCCGGAUGCUCAGUCGCUCCCUGAAUCGGGUCAGGUCACCUACACGGUAGUAGGUGGUACAGAUCGGGAUGGAACCUUUGUAAUAGACCGCCAAACUGGGGACGUGUAUCUGGCCUGUGAGCUAGAUUUUGAGCGUGCAUCUCGCUACACGCUUCAGAUUGAAGUGGACAAUUUCUCCACAACGCUCCCUAGGAGCCAUUUUGUCACUUUGGAGAUUGAUGUGCAGGACAGUAAUGAUCAUUCACCCCAGUUUCCUGAAGAUCCAAUUACCAUUGUGGUGCCUGAGAACAUGGAGCCCGGAUCUUCUAUCUACACUUUCCAGGCUGCUGAUAAAGAUGGGAGUGGCCCAAACAGUGAUCUGAGCUAUUCUGUUAUUCAGCAGUGGCCCAGCAGCUCAGACCUUCUGCUACUGGAUCCCAGCACCGGUGUUCUGACCCUGGUUAAGACUCUGGAUCAUGAGAACAUCUCUUCUUUUCUUCUGGUAGUUCAAGCCACCGAUUCAGCUCUUGAUAUUAGUCAGAGACGUCAUGGUAAGGUAACCGCCCGGAUCUUUGUUACGGACGUCAAUGACAACGCACCCGUGUUUACCUCCCCAACUAUGGUCAGCGUCAUGGAGGACCAGCCGGUCGGAUUUGUCCUGCUGUACGUCAUGGCUCAGGACUUGGAUCAGGCUGAGAACGGCCGUGUGUCCUAUCGCAUACAGGAUGGCAAUACAGAGGGCAAGUUCGGCAUCAACCCCAAUACUGGGUCUCUGUCUAUCCUGAAGCCUAUUAACCGUGAAGAACAGGCCCAGUUUAAUCUGACUGUAGUAGCCGAGGAUCACGGCGCCCCCCGACUGUCCAGUACUCAGCAGCUGACAGUGCAGGUGAUUGAUGUGAAUGACGAAACACCCAUUUUCGAAGAAAGUGUAUAUGAGGCUUUCGUCACUGAAAAUCAGCCAGCAGGAGCCACCGUGUUGGCUGUCUCAGCUUCAGAUUUGGAUCAAGGAAGCAAUGGCAUGGUCACAUACGGAGGACUGAGAGAUGAUGUUUUUACCAUCCAUCCAGUGACAGGUGUUAUAUCAACCACCAGAUCCCUGGACAGGGAGACCAAAGCAGACUACACUGUGACAGUUUAUGGCAAAGACGGCGGUUUUCCGUCAAACUUUGCCAAGGCCACAGUGCGUAUCACGGUGCUGGAUGAGAAUGACAACAAGCCCGCUUUUGGCAGAGUGUAUUACAGUCUUGAAGUGCCAGAAAACCAGGAGCCGGUGACUCUGUUCACUCUGAGAGCGAUUGACCCCGACUCAGGAGACAGUGGGCUCGUGCAGUAUAAAAUCACACAUGGAGACCCUUCAGGCGACUUUUAUUUAGAUAAGAAAUCUGGUGUACUGUCCACAUCAAGGGCUUUGGACAGAGAGAAGAAAGCCCGCUACACCCUCACUGUAGAGGCUCGAGAUAAGGGCACUCCGUCCCUGAGCAGCACCGCCACCCUGGACAUCAGCAUCCUUGACCUCAAUGACAACAGUCCUGUUUUUUCCAGUAGCAGCUACAUGGUGGAAAUUGAUGAGGAUGCCCCAGAAGGUACGUUCGUUCUGGAGGUUACUGCUUUCGACCAGGAUGAAGGUUCCAAUGGACAAGUGGUCUACUUCCUAAGCCAAGAAUCUAAGGGUAUGUUCAUGGUGGACCAGCACAACGGUCGCAUUGUCACAGCUGCAAAGCUCGACCGGGAGAAGGUUGCAUCCUACAGCUUUCAGGUGUUUGCUAUUGAUUCUUCUGCUGGCAAUCCUCACAAUUCCUCAGCUCAAGUGACUAUUCACGUCCUCGACGUGAACGACAACGCACCCUUCUUCAUCACAGAUCCCCUCAUUAUUAAUGUCUCUAGCAGCAGCUUUGGUAGUCAUCGCGUUCUGGCCACAAUGAGAGCCGAGGACAAGGAUUUCGGGGCUAAUGGCUCUGUCUUUUAUCGUUUCGCCAACCCUGUAAAAGGCUUCACUAUAAAUUCAUUGACGGGGGACAUUCAGGUCACUGAAAGACUUCAUGGCCUCACCCAAAACCAGAGGACACUUAAAGUCCAGGCUAUGGACCAAGGCAGUCCUGCACAGUCUUCACUGGGAGUGGUCGUGGUCUAUAUCCGUGAACAGAGCUACAAUGGAAUCCGCUUCAGCCGCAACUCCAGGGAUGUCAGCUUACAAGAAAAUGCAGCCAAAGGCACUGCGGUGGUGCAGAUCCAGGCACAGUAUCCUGACGGCUCCCGAAGUGGCAUUACCUAUAGCAUUUUUAGUGGCAACAAGUUACAAUCUUUUGGCAUCAGCUCAAAUACAGGUGAGAUUUGGGUGGAGAGUUCUAGUGGGCUGGAUUUUGAGGAGACCCCUCGGCUUCGCUUAGUGAUCAAAGCUGAAACUGCAUCCUCUAGUUCCUUCAUGGCAGUCAACCUCAUCCUGCAGGAUGUUAAUGACAACCUGCCACGCUUUCAGCUGCAUAAUUAUGUUGCUUAUGUUAUGGAGGCCCAGGGAUAUGAUUUCCCCAUCAUUCAGGUUCUGGCAGACGACCUUGACCAAGGUCAGAACGGACAGGUGACCUACUCCAUCAGGUCAUCAUCUAUGAGUGGUCUGUUCAAGAUCGACCCUCUCACAGGAAGCAUCUCAACAGCUGCCAUCAUGGACAGAGAAAUCUGGACACAGACUAAACUGGUCAUCAUGGCCACUGACAGGGGCAGCCCUCGAUUAGCAGGCUCUGCCACUCUUACUGUUAUCAUAGUGGAUCAGAACGACAACCGACCCACUAUCCCGGUUCCUCGUGAAGUGCGAGUUCCUGAGAACACACUAAUUGGGACAGUGAUCACCCAAGUGACAGGGAAUGAUGUCGACUCUCGUCCCGCCCUAUCUUAUACACUGCACCUGGACUCAAACUCCCAGGGGAAGUUUGGGAUACAUUGCUAUGGAGGAGGGGUCUCCCUGACUGGCCAGCUGGACUACGAAGAGCGGACAUGGUACACUGUGACUGUCCGAACAUCUGACUCUUUGCACCAGAGUGAGGCCAAUUUGACAAUUUUGGUCGAGGAUGUGAAUGAUAAUGUUCCAGUCUUCACUCAGGACCUUUACCAGGUGACCCUUGCUGAGCAUUCUCCAGCUGGUAGUUCUGUUAUUACUGUGACUGCCUCUGACCAAGAUUCAGGAGAAAAUGGCAAGGUCACAUAUCGAGUAGUAUCAACGAGAGACCUAUUCUACAUUGAUCCAAGUAAUGGCACGCUCUUCAUCAAAGAGAACACUGAAUUUGAUUCAGAGCGUCCAUCCUUCCUGGUGGUAAUUGAGGCUUGUGAUGGUGGUAAUCCAUCACUGACUGGUCUUACCACAGUGCAAGUCCACAUAUCAGAUGUCAAUGAUAACGCCCCUGUGUUUCACCAAAGUGAAUACAGAGCCGCUGUGUCAGAAGACGAGCCCCCUGGAUCGACCAUCCUCACACUGGAGGCUGUGGAUGGGGACUUGUCUAGGGACAACUGUGGAUUUGACUUUGCCAUUGCCAGUGGAAACACGGGCAAUGCAUUUCAAGUCGAAAGUAGCAUCCGCUUCCUUGAAGGGCGUGGGUUUCAGAUAGUUGGAACUCUCGUCCUAGCUGAAAGGCUUGACUUUGAAGCUGUGAAUACCUAUAAUCUUACUAUUGUUGCUUCAGACCGUGGGAUUCCCCAACAAAGCUCAAGCGUCCCUGUUGUAAUUACAGUGAUGGAUACUAAUGACAACCCUCCAUCUUUCACCAGGGCAGAGUACAAUGUUGUCCUGAGUGAAGGUGCAGAGACCGGAAUUGACAUACUUCAGUUAUCUGCUUCAGACCCAGACUCCACACCUAAUGGAGAGGUGCAUUACACAAUCAUCUCUGGAGAUGAAAGUGAGCUGUUCUCAUUAGACCAGUGGAGUGGCGCGCUUCGUUUGCGGAGAUCUUUAGACAAUGAGCGAGAGUCAUCGCACAUACUUAUUGUGCAGGCCUCGGAUGGACAUGGCCACUUUGCUCUUGCUCCUGUUACGAUAGAGAUCAAGGACAUCAAUGACAAUCGGCCUUUCUUUCCACUUAAAACACUGACAGCAAGUAUACGAGAGAAUCAACCCCAGAACACCCUCGUUACCAUCCUACAUGCAAUCGAUCACGAUGCAGGGGCAUUUGGCCAGCUGAAAUAUUACAUAAUGGAUAAAUCUGGAAAUGGACGAGAGUCAUUUAUGGUCAACCAGACCUCUGGUGAGAUUCGAACCCGCUUCAGUUUUGAUUUUGAAAAGAUGAACACGUUCCAUUUUGUUGCUGUGGCAAUGGAUGCAGGAAACUACUCUGCAACUGCUACUGUCCAGGUGUAUGUGACUGGAGAAGAUGAAUAUGACCCUGUUUUUACUAGUUCAAAUGUUGCCUUCCAUGUCCCCGAAGGAGCAAAGAAGGGGGAGAGCAUUGGCCAAGUGGUUGCCAAAGAUGAGGACGGGGGUGUAGAUGGCAUUGUCCUGUACAGUCUAGCCGAGACCUCUCCCUACUUUGAGGUCAACAUCUCUACAGGAGUGAUUUCCUUAAAGAUGGAUGCUUAUGGCCGGCAUGUUGGCCGAUCGAAAAGGGAGACCCGGCAAGUAACUUUAGAUGUGAUAGCACAUAGUCCACUGGAGAGCUCCCGUGUAGCCACUGCACAGAUUGUCAUUGAUAUCACUCACACUUCUUUUGGUUUAACUACAGAUAUGAGCAUUCUGCUAGCUAGUGUCAUUGCUGCUUCCUUGGCAGCUAUAGUGGUCUUGAUAAUAAUUGUCGUGGUUCUUUGCCUUUUACGAUCACGGAGGAAGAAGUACCAAGAAACUCAAGCUCGAAUUUUGACACCUGGUACAGUACUUGAUACUCUUGAUGAACCCAAGGUUCAUGGAAGUGAAAAACUAUACCACCAAACUCUACCUGGAUAUGCUGAAGACCAGAAUGCAGGUGGAGGAGGACCAUACACUCGAGGAGGGUCACUGGAUCCUUCUCAUUCAAGUGGAAGAGGCUCAGCUGAGGCCGAAGCAGCAGAGGAUGAUGAGAUCCGUAUGAUCAAUGAGUACCCCAGAGUUUCUAGUAUUUCAUCUUCCAUGCAGGAGCAUAUAUCUGCCCGUGGACCUGACUCUGGUAUUCAGCAAGAUGCUGAUCAGCUCUCAGACAUCUCUGGCGAGCCUGGAAUGGACAUAAACCAGUGGCUUAAAGGUAAAAAGAUGGGAAGCCUAAGUGGAAGUCUCUUGUCAGGCCAGACUGCAGUGUAUCGAGAUGAUGGUGGGGGUUACCUUGGGGUAGGAAGAGGGCUGAGCAUCUCUCAAUCUAAAGACUAUACAUUCCCAGAGGAUGGGAAACCCAUAGUGGAUGGUUCUCUCACAGCAAUAGUGGCUAGUGAUGAAGAACUGAGAGGCAGCUACAACUGGGACUACCUCCUUAACUGGUGCCCCCAGUUCCAACCGCUGGCUAAUGUAUUUACAGAAAUUGCUCGGUUGAAGGACGAGAAUGCCCCAGUUAACCCACGCCGACCCUUUCAGCCAAAAGCAAAAACAGAACCCAAGCCUCGAAUUGACCCCCCUCCUCUUAUUACAUCAGUAGCUCAUCCUGGGGCUAAAACUGUCCUUCCAAAGCCUGCUGUUGGACGAACUCUUCCCCACAUGUCCACCUUAAAACGAUCACCAAUCAGCCAUGAUGGUUCGGUCUCCUCAGUAGCUAUGUCACCCAGUUUCUCACCCUCUCUAUCCCCUCUUGCAGCCCGCUCUCCUGCCAUCUCACCAUUUGGUGUUACCACAGGCCCAUCUGCCUCCAUUAUGAAUACAAAUGAACACUCUCUAGAGCACAAUGAGGAGACUGAGCUUAGGAUUUAACUUUUUAAAAAAACUUUUCUACUGUUACUUUUGCAUCCUACUUGACUCAGGACCCUGUACAUGACAGUUGUCCAACAUGGUAAUAAUGUCAUGUGAAAUGUCAUGGUGCCUCACUGGCUGGCCAGAGAGUUGAGGGUGCAGUGUUUGAAUACUAUGAUGGACACAGACACAGUGGCUUAUUAAAAUGCUCUCUCCAGAAAACAUACCCAGAUAGCAAAGGACAUGUGCUAUCUCCUACAUUUGCACGUUCAUAAACGGGAGCUAAGUGGAUGUUAAUGUUUUUUAAAGUAAAACGUUUUUUGUAUGAUAUAUUUUUGUACUGAUAUUUGCGUUUUUUUGGACUAGGAAAUGGCAUUAUUGAAUUCCAUUUUCUGAUUAAACUGUUAUACAUUUGAAUUUGUAUAUACUGUAUGUGACUGUAAUGAUAAGUAACAGGAUUUUGUUGUAGUUUACAGCUGGCAUUUGCAAGUGUUCUAACAGUGUUAACAUGAUGUUCUUACUUUUUUUUUUUGAUAUUAUAAAUAACUUUUUUUUCAGUCUUAUUUUAGUAUUUAUAAAGGAGCCUUUUUUUUACAGGUUGACCAGUCAUAAGACUAUGAAGCAUUUAGUUAUUUAUGCUCUGCUCCUCCUACACUACAGGCACACAUAACAAACCCAGCUAAGAGAUGACAAACACAAAGGACGGGGCAGUUUAAUUUUUAAACAUGGACACCCAAAAAAUAUUGUUUAAAUAUUAAUAUUUCUGCAUGAAGAGCAGACUUUGGUGCAAACAUGGAGUGUUAGGAUCAAAUCUGUUUGUUCAUUCAUCAUCAGCAGCAUCUGCUUUAUAUAAAAGUGGGUGGGUCAGUAAGUAAGUCAUCCAAUUCUGCAUUAAUUUGGUAAAUUGAUUUUUUUGUCCAAUUUAAUGUCCCAAAUAUAAUUUCGAGGAACAAAAAGCCAUCUCACAUUAUACUCAAUACACAAUAAUUUUUUUAUGGCAGCUUUUGGCACCACUUGACUCUUUUAAAACACUUUUUACCUGGAAUAUUGUGCAUUACUGGAACUGGAAAUCCUCUUGUCAGUUUGGCAUGUUGUGGUUCGCUGAUAAAGGUAGUUCCAUUGGGUUGGCAUUUUAAGCAAUGUUGUAAAAGUAAAAACUUUCUUCAAAAACUAAUUGGAUGUGCAUCUGAACACUGUUGCGGUACAGCACUGAGGUACAGUAUUUUAUAUGCAAGAUGCAAGUCAAAUGCAUAUCACAGGCUAAUAACUGAAAAAAGCAUCACAAAAUGUUAUUGUCAUUUUAUAAUGGUGGUAAUAUAAUUGAAAGAUGGCUAAAUGGUAUGACUAACUGAUUCUUCAUUUUUUACAAAUUACAAAUAGUCUUAUUUAACUUUACUAUUUUCAUGAUGCAGCAUUAAAAGCCUUUAUAUAGUAAGCUAAUGUUACUUUUGACUGACAGGACCUCCUAUAGGAGCCCAGUUGGUUUGGAAAGCCAGUUUUUCUUUGACUACAUGCCAAUAUUUUUAAAUGUUGGAUGUUAAACUUUUUUAUUGAAUAUUUAGUAAUAAGAAACAUUUCUCUGUUACUUUCCAGAAAUCUAUAAUAUAAACAAAAUAGGCAUCAUACAUACUGUACCAUGGCUGAAAGAGUCUAUAGCAUUCUUACUUCUUGUCCACUAGCUUAAAAAAUACUUUGGGCCAGCAGUUUGUUAUUUUUCCCAUGCCUUUCUCACUAAAUCAAGUGAUUUUUUCUUUCAUAUCUUUCUACCAGAAUCAAAGCUUUAUCAGUUUAAUUAUUGAUGCAUUUGAAAGAAUAAAAGAUGCUGCUUAGCCUUUAAGGUGACAUCUCACAAUUUCAUAUAUUUAGCCUAAUCUAACAAAAAAAAUGUACGAAAAAAGGAAUGUACUGGGAUUUCCAUCGCCAUUUGUGAAUGAUCUUUGUUGCAAUCACUUCUGCCUUCCCCAAUGGAAAAUAUGUCCUCGAUGGAGUUAAAUGAUGCCUUGUUAAAGGUGGUAAUGAUGUGUUCAGAACACAUGGUUGUGCCUUUUUGUAAUGUGUGAAGAUUGCAGGUAACACUUUAUUUUAAGGAACACAUCUACGUGGAUAAUUUAAACUUAAUUAAACUCAAAUUUGAUUUUUGUAAUCCAAUAUGUUUAGGGAUUAUUAAUAAAUACCUAAAUUACAUCUUUGAGCAUAUUUUACCCUUUAUCCAGAGCGACUUGAGGGUUAAGGGCCUUGCUCAAGGGCCCACUUGAUGGAGUGAUAGCCUGGCUCUUGAGUGGUGACUCGUAUUAAAUGCUUUAAAAUAUAUUCUACAAAAUACUGGGCAUGAAUUAUUAAUACAUUUACAUGUGAUUAGUUUUCUACUGCUAACUAAUACAUUUUAAUGUAUUAAAAGAGGUUUUAUUAUGCUCAGUAGUUUGUAUAGGUUUAAUAGAGUGUUUAUCGUUCAUUAUUACAAGUAAUAAUGCAAAUACUAAUCACUUGUAAGUAACAAGUCUCUAGUAUUGUAAGAAGCAGACUGCAAAAAAUAAACGCAAAUAGACACGUCAAAUUUGAGUUUUAAUUCAAAACUCUAGUAAAUGUGUUCCUUUUUAUAAAUCGUCACCACAUUUUAGCUUCAGCAACCAUAGUAUUAUUUCAGGCUGAUAUUCGGUUUUAUUAUUUUAUUAUUAUUUUUUUUUUUGUCUAUACUUUUAUCUGUACUUUUGUCCUUUAAUUCCUAGCUCUUUUCUUUAUUUUGAUGUGUAUAUAUUUAUUGUGGGGUUUAAUUGCUUUUGAAUAUGUUCCAUUGGUUACAUUUGAACAAAAAUUGGCAUUUCUUUCAUUUUGCCCAAUCCCACAGUGCCUAAUAAUCGCUAGCUGCUCGUUAUAGUAAACUUGAUUUCCCCUCCUAAUAGAGUUUUGGUGAGUUCUCUAGUGAUUUGUGUUUGUGUGUAUGGGUUUGUAGUAUAAUUACUCGGUCUGUCUUUCUGCCAGUGCUGCUUUUAUUUAGGUGUCUUAUAGAUAGCUAAUCAUGUACUGUUGCAUAAACAUGCAGCAACAUCUGAAUCCAAUUAACUGUGAAAUUCAGGAUGUGCCAUAUCUAUGAUGUCUCUGAGAAAAAAAAAAAUCUUAAUAAAGGUGCAGAUGUUUAGAUUCAUGA